AUGGAGUAUUCGACUAACGAUAUCGCAGCAGCGAGGAGCUUGCAGUUUGCCACGUGGACAUUUUUGCUUCGAUCACACUGGAACAAGACGAAAUGCCUCUAUAUCAUUACACGAUACCUCCCCUUUAUCUUUCUGGCCACGGAUCUAUCUAUGUACUUUACCCCGAAUGAGAACCUAGGUAAAUGCCGGGCGUUGAACAAUGUUAGCUCAGUGUUAGGCAUGCUAUUAUUCAGUUGCUCCGAUUGUAUAUCUCGUUCCCCCGUAUUAAUCGUGCUCGCAGCUAUCGUGUGCACAUCUUUCAUGCAAGUAGCACAAUCCCGGGAAUUACAGGGUGCUACCAGAGUUCAACCAGUUACCAGUCCUUCAUACCAUUUCUUCUCCUUUUCGUGUUCCAACUGGAACUGGCGGAUAGACUCAAGCCGUCUUGCUCUCGGUAACGAACAUAAUCGUAUCACUGCUCCUCCAGAACCCCUAUCCGGUCAUUUCGUUUGA